AGGACUGUAGCGCAACUAGGAGCAGCCGCGCAUUACGAACCCCCUCCAGUCAGUCCCGGUGCUUGCGUGGAACGGAACAACCUUCAACCAUGGAUCUCAAAGUGCUCGUGCUGUUGGCCGUCCUCGCUGUGACGAUGUAUGCGCCUGUGUCUCACGCGAAACCCAUCAGUCUGGUGGAGCGGUGUUGGUGUCGCUCGACCGUGAACACCGUCUCUCAACGCAGCAUCAGAGAGCUCAAGUUCCUGCACACACCCAACUGUGCCUUCCAAGUCAUUGCCAAGCUGAAGAAUGGGAAGGAGGUGUGUGUGAACCCUGAGACCAAGUGGCUCCAGACCUACCUGAAGAACGCCAUAAACAAAAUGAAGAAGUCCAAACAGCAAAUUGAUUAGGCGAUACACUAGACCAGUGGCCAAGCAGCAGUGGACCAGCCAUCCUCUCUCCAGACCCCACUACCC